UAUUGACAAAGAUAAAAAAACGAUGUACAAAAUGUCGACAAAUGAAUACUAAACCGUUAAAGGUGUUCAUGGGAAAUCCACCAGUGGAAAGACUGGCACGUAGUGAUCCAUUUGAAAAUAUUGGCGUAGAUGCAUUUGAACUAAAGACAACACCGAAAACUACCGGAUUGAUUUUUACCUGUUGUGUGACCAGAGCAGUACAUUUCGAAGUACUCGAGAAAAUCACGUCCGAAGGAAUAUGCGACGCAUUCAUGAUCUUUGCAGCAUUACAUCGAACGCCGACAAUUGUGUAUUCUGAUCAAGGAACAAAUCUAAAACGUUUUGGAAAGAUGCUAAACGAGGCUUUUAAAUUACUGAAAACGGAAUUCCAAUGGCGAUUUAAUACACCUGCAGCACCUUUUCGCGGUGGGUUUUAUGAAGCAUUAAUCAAAUCCAUGAAACGCGGGUUCCGUAGCAUUGUAUGGCAGAAGGAACCUAAAGCAAGUGACAUGCGAUUAGUAUUGUAUCGGAUACAAUCAAUGAUGAAUAGUCGACCACUUAUGCAGACUGAAUCACAUAUAUUGACGCCGAAUCAUUUGAUUUACGGAAAUAAUAAACGUUCUCCAAUGAUACCUCCAAGAAGAGGAAUGGCGGAUUGCUCAUUGGUCAAGUAUUGGCGACGGACCGAAAGAAUGAUAAAUUCAGCAUGGAAAACUUAUCGAGAUGUCUAUCUAAAGGAAUUGCGACUAUAUCACCAAAAUAAUAAACAUUACGAAUACGUGAACGUGGGCGAUCAAGUAUUAUUAGUCGACGAAAAUACACCAAUUGGUUCCUGGCGUGCUGGUCGAGUAAUAGAAAGAAUCUCAAACAAAGAUGGCGUUUACCGGACGUACAAAAUCCAAGUUGAUGGUCGAGUGAUUGAACGGCCGGCGCAGAAGAUCGCGCUUCUCGAAGAAGAGGGGAGGAAUGUUGCCGAUACAAUGAACCUGACUAACUAAACUGGUAUCGACAUCUACAGGACGUUUGAUGAUCGUCAGCUGAUGUGAUGAAUAUAAAAGCAGAGUAAAAUCAACAUAGCUUUGUUGUUCUGCCGCUUGUUUUAUGUGAAUCAUCUUGUAUUAUUUUUAUUAUGUUUGAUUUUCAUAAUUUAUCUCAAUAAAUAAACUAUUUCAUAUUGUUCAA